UUGUGGGCAUAUAAUUUCUGUUUGUUUAUAUUGAAUUGGAUUUUUUAGUGUUCUUGUUCUUUUCUUCUCUGUUUUUUUUGUUUUUCUUGUUAUAGAUAGUUUUAAGAUGUUAUCUUUUUCAUUCAAAGUAAUUUAAAGUGAGACAGUAAAAGUGUGAAUAUAUUCAUAGGUGUAAAUAUGUUGUACUAUAGAAAAUUUGUUUUUGUUAUUAUUUCUCAUCUUUAGAAAAAUUGAAUACAAAUGGGUGUAGCAUUAUCUAAAAAGAGCAUCGAUUUUGAAAUUAUUAUAAAAACUGGAGAUGUUAAGGGUGCUGGUACUGACAGUAAUGUGUACUGUGUUUUAAUUGAUGAAAACGAGGGAAAAUCACGUGAUCUUCUGUUGGAUGUUAGAUGGCGAAAUGAUUUUGAGAAAGGAAGUGUUGAUCUAUUUAAGAUAAGAAAUGUGCCAAAUCUUGGUAAAAUCCGAAGUAUUCAACUAUGGAGGGAUAAGAAAGGGAUUGGUGAUGACUGGUUUGUCGAAACAAUUAAAAUUAAACAAUAUGCUAUGAAAAGUAACUCUGAGAAAUCUGAAAAAGAGAAAACACCGAAUAAUUGCAUUUGUAAUGAAGAUGAAAAACAAAACAUAGUUAAUAACAAUAACAUCGACAGUGAGGAAAAAACUAUUGAGAAAAACAAAAAGAUAAUAAACAAUAUUCAUUCAGGACUUGACCCUAUUUUGGUGUUUCCUUGCAACAGAUGGAUUGAACCUAACCGAAAAUAUUUAUUACUACAGUAUGACUCUGUUCUGCCACAGUUUGAUCCACGUAAAAUUCAACGCAGCUGGGAACUGGAUGAGAAAAAAACAAAGUACAUGUUUGCAGACAGUAUUCCUGGUAUACCAAAGGGAGUCAAAACUUGUCCUGUUGAAGAACACUUUAGUAAUGACUACAAGUGGGAUAUUGUUGGUAAGAAGGUGAAGUUUCUUGCACAAAAAAAAUUCACAAAGUUGUUGACGACAAACAAAUGGAGUAACUUGGAUGACAUGUUAGAUGUUUAUAAAGGCUCUUUUGGUAUACCGUAUGGAUACUAUAACUGGAAGUCUGAUGCAAGUUUUGGUCAGCAACGUCUUCGUGGUUGCAAUCCUACUCUUAUCCAGUUGUGUACAGAAAUUCCUGAGAAUUUUCCAGUAACAGAUGACUUGGUGGAACCGUUUUUGGAUGGAUUAAAACUUGAAGAAGCAGUUUCUGGGAAAGAGUUGUAUAUUGUUAACCUUAAGAUACUGGAAAAUUUGACUUGCAAAGAUUCCAGAUUUGUAUGUCCAGCAAUGGCAUUGUUUCAUGCAAAGAAGAAUGGAGAUUUACUGCCCAUAGCUAUUCAGCUACAGCAAACUCCAUCCGAAGACAACCCAAUUUUUCUUCCCAAUGAUCCACCCUACACAUGGAUGUUGGCUAAAAUGUAUUUCAAUAAUGCUGAUUGUGCUCUCCAUCAAGCUUGCACACAUCUUGGUUUUACUCAUCUUGUGGUCGAGUCGAUGUGUGUCGCUGUGCAUCGCAGUCUGUCGCCAUCGCACCCCGUGUUUCGCUUGCUCGCACCGCAUUUUCUUUACCUUAUCGCGAUAAACAACUUAGCUGUGCAAAAAUUACUCGCCCCAGACGGUUGGAUCGAUGUUACCAUGACAAUGGGUGUAUGCGGUUUAUUUGAAAUAUUAAAAAGAACGUGGAAAAACUGGAGAUUGGAUGUUGAUGGGUGGUUACCAAAAGAUCUUGAAGUCAGAGGGGUGGGUGAUACUUCAUCUCUACCGUCAUACAUGUACCGAGAUGAUUCCCUCAUGAUUCAUAACGCUCUCGUAGAUUAUGUCACUGAGAUUCUCACCAAUAUUUAUGACACCCCGGAAAAGUUGAAUGGUGAUUUCGAAAUAAAAGCAUUUGGUGCAGCACUUACAGACGAAGUUUAUGGUGCGGGAAUCAAGGGUGUCUUCGGUGAUGGUAAAUUCGAAAAAUUGGACGAUUUAAUCAAGACAAUUGUCUCGAUUAUCUUUUUAAGCAGUGUUGGGCAUGCGGCUGCAAACUUUUGUCAAUAUGACGAGUAUGCCUUCCCACCGAAUUAUCCUGCGCAACUGAGUGGUAAAAUACCCACGAAUAAGACUGCUCUCACUGAGCAAGAUAUUAUCUAUCACCUUCCUAACAAAGAUACAACAUUAAAUAUUAUGGUAGUUACCAAGAUUUUGAGUGAUCGAGGUACAAAUGGACUCGGUGAUUUCGAAGUACAAUAUCAAUAUGAACCAAAGGCAGUUGAAGCUGUUGAAAGAUUUCGAACAGAAUUAAAAGAAAUCAGUGCAAAAAUCAAAGAAAGAAACAAAACCAUGACUGUACCCUAUUCUUACCUCGACCCUGAAGAAGUUCCAAACGCUAUUAGUAUUUAGUAUUUUGCUGACACAUGCAUACCUAUGCCGUUUUCUGAACAUACUUAAUUGUUGAUACUAGUGGCCCGUGGAAAAAUGCACGGGUUCGCCCGUUCUUUUUAGACCGCAUUGCGUGCUUUUAGGUACUUGCGGUACCAUUUUGCGUGACAGACGGACAGACGGGUAUUAUAACAUAGAUCUGAACAUACUUAUUUGUUGAUAUAUGACAAUAAAUCAAAAAAAGCUUCGAAAAACCUUACUUCAUUGUGUUAAUACGCUUGUUGCUAUCUUUGGUUGUUUUUGUUUUGCGGGAUGAAAAGGGGUGCUAAUUAAGUUUCACCAGCAAUAGUAUAUCCAUCUAUUGAAUCGUUUCUGUAGAGUUAAUUUUCUGUUUUGCUGUACUUAUAUAGAAUUAGCUUUUACCCUAUAAAAGGAUGUCUACGAGACAUUAAAAACUUCGAAAUUAGAAUAGCCGACCUUGAAAACCGUAAAAUAUAUAAUACUAGUCGUUAGCCCGUGGAAAAAUCCACGGGUUCGCCCGUCCUUUUUAUACCGCAUUGCGUGCGUCUUGCUACCUGCGCAGCUAAGCUACCAUUUUGCGUGACAGACAGACUGACGGACGGACGGACAGACCUAUACGGGUAUUAUAAUAUAGAUUUUCAAAAACAUUUUUAUCUAUUUAUAUACUUUGCAUCGUAGUGGCUCAUAUGUCUAAUAUUUUUUCUCUAUUGGUAUAAAUGUUUACAUUCCCAAUUUGUAGGUCUUUAGGUCUAAGAACCUGGGCGUUGGCAGGAAUUAUACCAAAUCUUGAAAGCAGCUAAAAAAAUAAAAAAAGGAUUGAAAACCUUGAUUGUGUUAAAAGAAUUUAACAGGUACCGACACAGAUUGUACAUAUUUAUAAUUUCUGUAAAUUUUAUAUUACACUUGGUGUUAGAGAUUUGGAUAUUUUAUUUUUGUAAUUUAUAAUGCUACUAAUUUAUAAUUAUUGGAUGAUCAAAUCAAACAUAUUUUAAUUUAUUUGUGAACGUUUUUGAUAAGCUUUGUAAAUAUUAAUUUAACAAUAAAAUGAUUUUUGUGA